GGUCCCCGGCCUUCCCACAGCUGCAAGGAUGAAGGUCGUGAACAUGGGAUGUGACCCCUCUGAGAUCUACCGGCCAGAUAUCAAUUUGCAGAACGGGAAGCUGAAGGUGGAGUUCCGCAAUUUCAAGGAGGGGCCGCUGAUGGAGCGGGUGUUCAACACCUAUCUGCUUAUGCACACGAACCAGACGGUGGAAUUUGUGAAGAAGAAGAAUGAGGAGUAUGGAGAUUGUAGCCUCCGUCAGAUGACCAUCAUGGAGACCCUGGAUCUUCUGGACACAGUGGUGGAUGAGUCAGACCCAGACGUUGACUUCCCCAACUCCUACCACGCCUACCAGACGGCUGAGGGCAUCCGGAAGGCCCACCCGGACAAAGAUUGGUUCCACCUGGUCGGACUUCUUCAUGACAUGGGGAAGAUCUUGGCGCUGCUUGGCGAACCACAAUGGGCCGUAGUGGGGGAUACGUUCCCAGUGGGAUGCCAAGUGGAGAGCUCUGUCGUCUUAAGGGACUCCACCUUCCAUGACAAUCCUGACAUGAAGAACCCGAAGUACAACUCCAGGUAUGGGAUUUACCAGCCUAACUGUGGCUUGGAGAACGUCCUUAUGUCCUGGGGUCAUGAUGAAUAUAUGUACAAAGUUAUGAAGCGGAACAACUUUGCUCUGCCACAGGAGGCUUUCUACAUGAUCCGCUUCCACUCCUUCUACCCCUGGCACACGGGAGGGGACUACAUGCACCUGUGCAACGAAGGAGACCUGCGCAUGCUGCCCUGGGUGAAAGAGUUCAACAAGUUUGACCUCUACACCAAGAGCGAAGAUCUGCCCGACCCUCAGGAACUGAAGACUUACUACCAAAGCCUUGUAGACAAAUAUUGCCCAGGAACGCUGCAGUGGUGA